GGGGAAAACCGCUUUGGCAGCAACAAACGGGUGAGGUCCAGAUGUAGAGUAACCAUCUUCGACGAUCCCCCCACCGUCCCGGUAUGGUAGGCGUCUCAGUUUUUUUUCUUCCAGAGCUCAGGCCGUUUUUCUACCCGGAGCCGGAGACCGAGGAAGCCCGGCCAUUCCGGCCUGGCCACGCCUGCCCUUCUUCAUUAAAAUCUAUCGCUAGACCCAUAAAAAAAAAACUCUCGCUAGAAGCGCUUGGUCGCAUGGGUCUCCGAUCCCUCAUGCAAUGCAAGCUCCAUCGCGCCCCGCGCCAGUUAAUCUCCCUUCUUCUUCUUCUUCUUCGAAAAACCUAGCCGUCCGAAACGAUGGCUCUAUUCGAUCUGAAUCAACCCAUCCAUUGGGACUCUGGGAGUGUGAGGAGAUACAAGAGUACGGACGAGCCGAUGCCACCGGCCAUAGAGGAGAUGGGGCGGACGGACAAUGUGCGGACCACCAUGGAGACUUUGCCAGCCACGGAGGCACUCGCUCGGACAUCCACGGCUACCACGCAGGGGGCGGUGGAGGAGUUCACUCGGACGCCGGCGGCAACGGCAGAGGCGGUGGAGGUGAUGCGGGCGGCAGCGGCCGAGGCUUCGACUGAACCAGAUUGCGAACAGAAGGCGCAGGACGCCGUCACAUAUACCGCAUGCUUUUACAGAGGAACGGCGCGCGGUGGAAUUAUGAAGCGUGGAGUCAGUAGAGCCGUGUCGGACGAAAUGCGGGUGCCUGUGAGGGUCGUGCAGCGCAUAUGGAUGAUCGGGCGCCGCGGUGGUGGAAUACAUGCCGUGGUGAGCAAGAAGCCUAAGAACUGCGGCCGCAGGCGGGUGGAGCUUGGCCCUAAAGCUGUACGUGGGCUACCCCUGGAUGGCCGCAUGACGAUUCGAGAGCUAGCCGAGGCUUUGGGUAUGAAGAAGAGCACUCUGUUCCGGCGGCUGAAAGAAGGUAAACUGAGGCGCCACAGCGAAUAAUCUCAUCAAGCCUACUGUGAGGGACGACAGGAAAAAUGUCCCAUGUUUGUUUCUGCCUGUCCAUGCCAAGGGGCAAGCAUACCUAAGAAUUCCUGUGUAAUACUAGUAUAACUCUGGAAUUAAUAUAUGCUUUACGUGGUAUCACAUCGCUUGACGAUGUUAUUACUGUAUCA